AUGGGUUCACUGUGGAUUGCCAAAGCCUGGCAUGGAAUUGAAAAGGAGAAAAAUAAGUUUGCCACUGUGGAUUGUAGGGCCAGGAUGGAGCCUUUGAUUCCUAAAAACUACUUCGGGAACUGUGUAUGGGGCAAUUUGGUGGAUGGUAAGCCAUCAGUAUUUAUAGAGAAAGAAGGGUUUGUUAUUAUUGCGAAAAGUAUUCAUAGUAAAAUAAAGAUAUUAGAUAAGGGUGUUUUUCAUGAAGGAGAUGAUCUUGCUCCUCUAUAUGCAGCUUUGGCAAAACAGGGAGUUGAAGUGUUAGGAAUUGCAGGGUCUAACCGUUUUGGGGUUUAUGAGAAUGAUUUUGGUUAGGGAAAGCCUUCAAAGGUGGAGAUAACAUCGGUGGAUAGAGCCAUAACAAUUGGAGAUGACAAAGGCGGUGUUGAAGUUGGAAUUGUUCUGAAGAGAACAAUGAUGGAACUAUUCGCCACCUUGUUUCUUGAAGGAUUGUCAGAUGAGUGAUUUGAAUGGUGGUCCCAGUAACAUUUUUCUCUCCAAAUCACAACCGGUUGUUUGCUAUAGGAAAUCAAUAAGAAGUCACGUGUCAGCCAAGAACUUUAUAAUUCAUAAUU